UUAGACUGCUUAAAAAACAAAUAAUAGCGCAUAAGUUGCUCUAACGCACRCUCUUAGUGCAGACAGACAUUAAACAACAACAACGCUUAAGUAUAUCAAGCUUUGAAUACAAGCUAAGCUUAAAUGCUACACYCUGUUUACAACUCUUAAGUACAGCCAAGUAACCAGACCGCCUUCGUGAGUUUGUGCGAGUAUUUCAAUGAAAGUGAGUUAAAGUUCAACUAGCGACAACUUUAUAGUGCGAUCAGUUGAGAUUGAUAAAACAAAAAGAAUAAAAGUGCGGCAAGUGUACGCGCCGCUGCUUUGUUUGCAAGCGAUUGCGCGGCUACUUGGUUGUGUCCAGCGGAAAAGUGAUUAUUAAUUUAGAAUAAAGGGUUAAAUACACAAAGUGAAAAAAUAGGAAGGUGAAGUGGCAURUAAGAAAUAUUUUCUGGACUUUUAUUAAAAAAAUAUGAAAAAAUUCAAAUGAAGACAAAUCGAUGAAGUAAUGAUUUAGUGAAGGAACGGCGCUCCAUCGGGCAUCGCUAAGAAACAAAAGACCACAAAGCGCGGCUCAGGCGCCUACCAGAUAUCUCGUUUAACGUAAACUAACAUAAGUGAAAAAUUCUAGUCAAACUAGUCAAAAUGUUUACAAURCAAGUAAAUUUCAUAAUUGCAUGCACAUUAAUCAAGCUAAYAGUUGCAAGUGAAAUUUGCGACGCGGGCGUGCAGCCGGAAGCGUUAGAGGAGACAGUUCAACGGACAUCGCCGCUUUAUGGCUUAUCAGCAAUCAGUAAUGAUUAUUUAAGUAGAACGCAGUGCAACGAGCAUUUGCAGCUCUUCCGUGUUGGUGUGAGACAGAGGUUGCCUUGGGCGCUGAAAAUGUUCGACGCCUCGGCGAGCCUCGAGCCGGGCUUCACAUUCGGCAAUAAUUAUUGGUUGGGCAAUAUAGACGUUUGUGACGCCGUCGAUAAGCCGUUGGCUUCGCAUACSUCAUCCCAUUUACCACAUAACAUGAAAGCCGAGCUGUUGACCUCAGUAGCGCCUUUCCCCGUCGAGUUUCGCAUAAUCUACCUACGUCACAACUCCAGCUGGCAAGCGGAUCCGGUGGUGAUUGCAUUUGCCACACGGGUGCAUGUGGGUCUUUGUGUGCCUAGCUCAUGUGCGGAGCACGAAAUUCGCAGCCUCAUGGAAACUUAUUUGGCUAGCGAUCUCUUUGUCGGCAAUGCGCUGUACGAUAUGAACUUGCAAUAUGAUUAUGCAAAAGAUCUGAAGCUGACGGCGGCUACUUUUCGUAGAACUUCAUUUUAUUUGUGUUGUCUUUUUAUUGCAACAACAAUUGGUUUGACCAUUGCCGCUGGCAUGACGCGGAGCACAGCGGCCAUAAAAGAUAAUAAUAACACCAAAGUUGCUGUUGAAGCGCAGGGUCUGAGCGAGAGCACCGCUGAAAGCAACACUACAAUUGAAAAGUUGCUGUUGGAGCAACAGCAAUCAAUUGGUGUCUCGAGCUUCAUAGCCUGCUAUGACAUCCAAGCCAAUUGGCAGCACAUCUUUAAGCCAUCUAAAGCGGAUUACACUUUUGCUGCACUCAAUGGCAUACGAUUUUACAGCGCCGUUAGCGUCACCGUGUACCAUUACUUAAUGUUUCUCUUCAAUGGCACAAGAAAUAAGUUGACGCUCUUUAACUAUCAAGUGCACGUGGGAAAUGUUGAUGUAUUUGUAGAUAUAUUUUUUACAAUCAGCGGAUUCCUACAGUCUUAUAAUCACUUUCGGAAUGUCAGAAUGUUGGAGGUGAUACGACAGAAUAAYUUGAAGCAAAACUUAGUAUUCAUAGGACUGCAUAUAUUUCACCGCUGCCUGAGAUUGGCGCCCUUAUACUUUCUAACUAUCGGCAUAGCAGAUUUUGGCGCACAGCUUAUCGAUGAAGUAUCAAUGUAUCAUACCGAGCACAAAAUGAACGUGAACUGCGAAAAAUAUUGGUGGCGAAAUGUAUUCUUCAUACAGAAUUUCUACGAUCACAAUGACAUGUGUGGACUCUGGACAUGGUCAUUGGCGUGUGAUAUGCAGUUUGCGGUAUUGGCCACUGUGUUGCUUUUCCUAUAUGUCAAAGAUCCAAAACGCACCAAAUUAUGUUUAKCAGGUCUCGCUGUGGCAAGCGUAGUGUACACCUACUUUUAUGGCUUCAAAUUGAAUUUUGAUGGCUCUUUGGAGUCAACGUUCGUCUUUUUAACGGAAAUCUACAUACACCCGUUGGCGCGCAUUUUGGCUUAUAUUUCGGGUGGCAUCGCUGGUUGGUUCUUCGUUAAGCAGAAGCACUUGCCGUUCACUGUGGGCAAGAAGACACAGCAGUUUAUUAGUUUUUUGAUAACACUAGUAUUCUUCGGCUGCGUAUUCAAGCCGCCCYUUCAAACACUUUCGCCGUUUAUAUCGACUUCGAUUUUAUUAUUGGAACGCAUUAUUUUUGCACUCACAUGUAGUAUUUUGAUUGUAGCCAAYGCGCAUGGGUGCAUGCGUUGGUUUUUUCGCUUAUUCGAGACAGUAGUGUUUCAGAAAUUCCAUAGAGUUGUUUAUGCAAUGUUUCUGUUGAACCCGUUGAUCACAUACGCGCUGCCGGGCUUUAGUCAAUCGAACAUUUAUGCCAAUCUCUUAUCAAUGGUUGCUGAAUCCAUCGGCGUUUUGGUUGUUCUGGUAUUAGUUGCCACAUUGUUCACUUUAUUCUUCGAAACACCUUACCAAAAUUUAUCCAGACUGCUGAUCAUUCAGCAAAUCAAGAAAAAACUUUCCUAAYAAUAAAUAUAAGUAUAAUUGUAAAUUAUCCGUCUCUUGAAUAUGUGUUGAAUCAACACUGUUUCUAUAAUAAAUUGUUUAAGAUCCAUAAGUCACUUAAAAGAA